GAGGCAGGGCUCCCGGGCUCCCGGGGCCGCCAUCCCGCCGGGAAUCGCUGCGGCGCCCGAACCUUCCUGCGGAGCGGGGCUGUUCCGCCGGGACGGACGGGCCCGCCAUGGACUCCGGCAGCGAGACCCACGAGCUGAACGGGCGGGCGGAGGGCGCGGAGCCCGCGGCCGCGGAGCGGCGCAGGGUGUCCCAGUGGUUCCAAAGAAAUGGCCCCAUGAACUUCAACCACUACGCCAACAAGAAGAGCGCUGCUGAGAGCAUGUUGGACAUUGCCCUGCUGAUGGCCAAUGCGUCCCAGCUGAAAGCUGUGAUGGAGCAAGGACCUUCUUUUUCCUUCUACAUCCCACUCAUCAUUCUUAUCAGCCUGUCUCUCACGCUGCAAGUUAUGGUGGGAGUGCUCCUGAUAUUCCUGGUAAAAUAUGAUCUGAACAACCCUGCAAAGCAUGCAAAGCUGGAUUUCCUCAACAACCUUGCAACUGGACUAGUGUUCAUUAUAGUCGUUGUGAAUAUUUUCAUCACUGCCUUUGGAGUGCAGAAGCCAGUUGCUGAGUCAGCAUCAAGACACUGAGCCCGAGGGACAUGAAGCAUUCAUUCUUCCAUAGAUGCCAUUUGUGCUUGACACACACUUGGAUACAGUGGGAAAGAAAGAAUCUGAAGAAGCUGGAAUAUUGAGGAGUUCUCUCAAGUUUCCAACAACCAACACAUUGGUGCACCUAAAAUUUUCCAGUAUGUUAAUAUUUAAACUGUUUGGCAUCUAAGGAAAGGUUGAUUUUAACCAAAGGACGUUGUUUUUCUGGAGUAUUGGCACUUCAGUUUCUGUAGAAACUCAUUUCUUUUCAGAGAAGUGGCAUAAGCUCAUCAAACAAGGUGAUAUCAACUGGUGGCACUUCUCAGAACUUCCCCUUUCCCAUGGCUCUUGGUUUUAUAGCCCUUUGUCAUUUCCAGUGUGAUGAGAAGUGGCAAGGCUUGAGUUCUGGGCUGGUGACAUGGUCCGUUAUGUCACUCUCUGGGCACUGAAGCCACGUGCUCCACUGUGCUCUGCCUUGGCAGUGGACACACAGGCAACUGGGCCUUCUGCUUUUGUCACUCCAGCUAAAGCAAAGAGGAGACUCACCAAAACUGCCUUCUGUCCAGCUGUGCUCACAGGUAGUCCCUGCCAUGUUGCUUCAUCUCUGGACCACACUUCAAGUGCUCAUGUUAUUAACCUCUCUACCCUGUAUUUGGUGCAUUUUAUACAACUCUGGCUCUGCCUGAGCAGCAGUGCCUUUCCUAGGCCCAGCUGGAAAACUAGAGGAUGCAGAGUGAACUUCACCUGCUCACCUGGCACUGAGAGGCCUGUCAGCAACUCAAGUAGCAAACUGAAAUCAAUGUAUCCCUCUAUAGCUUACUUCUCCCGCUUUCCAAGAUUGAUUGCUGCACUUUCGUUACUCUGGCUAAAAGAAUCAAUAAUUUUUUUUACAUUUUAUUUUAAUAUAUAUAUAGAGAUAUAAAUAUCUUCUAGGUUCUUACCUGCUGGUUCAGGGACUGGCACUUUUUUCUUAAUAUAAUAUUGCUGGUAAUGGUGUAGAUUAUAAACAUUUCUACAGCAACAACAUUUCAGUUGUUUCUGAAGUAUGACCUAUGGCAUCAGAAACAGCCUUGUUUUCUAGAGUGUGCUUACUUGUUGAUGCAGAUUUGUACUAAAUCCUCUUCAUUUUUAAGUGCUCUCUUACACAUACUGAGACAAGUUUGACUUCUAUGUAUCUCAUCUCAUUUAAAAGUUCCAUUGAUCACAUUUCUCUUGAGUUAUAUUCCAAACCCAUUGAUGGGCCAUAUCUUCAUUUAUGUUCUGGAAGAAUUACUAAGAGAAAACAAGUUAGAAACUUGUGUGAUUAGUAAAGGAAUUGACUUUUUUUUUUUUUUAAAUCUGUCUUUUGUUGCUUCAUUUCCAGCUUAACACAUAUUUAACCAGUAUCUAGCAAGCAAUGGUUUGGAUUGUGUGUGUUGAUUUAAAUGUAGCUCAGAACAAGCUCUGCAGGAGACACUCAGGACAAGUUUCUGUAUUUAUUUUUCACAAACCAGUGAAUGUUGAAGGACUGUUCCUACAUCUCGUGCUGUCACAAGUUUUGAUGUUGUAAUGAAGCAAACUGGCCAAAAAGCAGUGCUGAAAAUCCUAAAAGUCUUUCUUUCUGACUGAAGAGGUGACUGUAGGCAGAGCCCUUCCAAGCUGGGAUUUAUCUGGGGCUCAACAUAGAGCAGUAAUUUUGAUAAGAUUCUUGAAUGUAGCACUUUGGUUGCCUUUCACCUUGUUAAUCACUGGAGUAAUUGCCCAUCUGCAUCCCAUUCAGUCCAGAGAGGCUCUCUGCAGGACCGGUCUCUGCAGGAAACACUGCACCUGAGCUGGAUGUCUGAAGUAGUUGCUUUGUGUUGUCCAAAAUACAAAACCCAUCCAAAUGAUAGUUACUUUUAACUUAUGUAUGGAUAUUAGAUAUUUUUAAUUGCCAGAUUUUUAUCCUUCUAGUGUGUUGUUUUGUUUUUUUUUUAAUCAAGACAUAAAAAUAGGAAGAAAUGUGUUUCUGGCACUUAGCUCAUCCUCUCACUUUUGGAGUGAUCCUUCCUCCCCUCCAGGCAGCUGCAGACACCUGGGCUCUGCUGCUGCUCACCAUAUUUAUAGCUGGUGGUGAUCUGGCCCAGUGUUGGUUGUAGCUUUCCACUCCUGUCCACCCGGGUGCCUUGGCCCUCUCUCAUGGCCAUGAUCAUGGUUGUCAUGCACUGAAACUCUUGAGAGCACUCGGGGCUGCAGUACAGACAUACCAGGUCUUUUCCCGUUUUAUUCCCCUCGUACUGGACCAUGAUUUCCCAGGUCACUCAAGCAAACAAGCUGUUACAGCACAUUUCUCCGAAAAAUGUAGUAGCUGUUCUUACAGCAUCUAAGCUGUCAUCCAACAGAAGAUACUAGACCUUGUUGUCCUGGUUUAUCCUGUCUCCCAGCGGCAUGUGGAAGUCACUGGCUCCAGAGCAGCGGGGUGAGGAACACUCAGCAGGAGAUGACUUGUCAAGUACAGAUUCCAGUAGACUUUGUGAGACACAGUUUUGGGACAUACAGGAGGGAAAGAAAAAAAUGCUCCAAGCUUGAACACAUUGGGUGUCAGGCUGGCUGGGUGUGUAGAUCUGCAUGGAGGGGGUUGGUGUCUGUUCACUUCAAGUCUGCCAGAGCCAGGCUCACAGUAACAAGCCCCUUGGAUCCUCCUGAGCUCCUGGCAGUGUGACUGAAGCAUCACAACUGAGAUACUUGCAACUUCAGAGAGCCUGGACUCUUCUUUUGGCUCUGAACACAUGACAGUCUGAUCUGAAAGCCAUCCAUCUGACUACAGGCCUGUCCUGGACAUCAGCAGUAUUCAACUUGCAAUGGGAUGUUGUUUUUUAAAUAAAAAGAAUGCUGGGUUGUUGUCA